AUGUGCGAGGUCUGCAACAUCACGGAGGAGUCCACGUUACAUGUUUUUCGCGAGUGCCCCAUGGCGGCCGAGAUUUGGCGGCGCCUGCUGCCAAGCCACGCACAAACGGAGUUCUUUUCAGCAGACCUGGAAAAGUGGUUAGCCUCAAACUUGAUGUUCCCCUCGCGAGUUGGUGGUGAUGGCUGGGCGAGCAUUUUCGGUGUGGUUGUGUGGAAAUUAUGGCGUUGGCGGAAUGAGAACCUUUUCACGGGGAAGAACCGCAAUGUGGAGGGUGGUUUACACGAGAUUAAUUGCUAUAUCUUGGGCCUGACGAGGGUGAACGAUGGUGCCCUGACCUCCGACGACCAUUCUCCGGUGAUCGGAGUACUAUCGGUGACUAGACACCGCCAGACGCGGCGGUGCCGGAUGAUGAAGAUGUGGUCAUCGACCCUUCCGAACCCGAGGGCGGGCCACACUCGAGCCAGGGGUCGUAAUGGGCCGGGACGACUGUCGGGCCUGUGCGAAACAGGCUCGCGAAGGCCGCGUACGUCGAAGUCGCGCAACGCGUCAAUGUGCAAUAAGCGUCAGUUGGCUGAUGAGGCGCGCAAGGCAGGGACACGGCACGAAGAAUUGCGCCGUGAAAGGAUCGCGUGGCCGGAUGCAGAUGGAUGGCACCGAGUGCACGACAGGGGGUUCAGGCGAAGCACGGGGAACGCCCGUCGUAUAGUUCGCACGCGCUAA